AUGGAUAAAUGGCUGAAAACUGGAACUUUCAAACGAUCAGAAACUGAUCCAACGAUAAGGCCCAUUGAUCCCUCAACAUCAAACGAAGCCAGUACUUCUACAUCUGUUCCGGGAUCUCAGGAUUCAUCCAUCCCAAGGAAGAAACGAAAAUAUGAUGAAACAUAUUUAACAUUUGGAUUCACUUGGACAGGAAAUGAAGAUGAACCGAAUGGAUUGUUUGUUGAAUGUGAAAAAAUUGUUAGUAAUAGUAGUUUAAAUCCUGCUAAAUUAAAAAGACAUAUGGACUCCCACCAUUCUAGUUUGCGUGGUAAAAAUAUAGAAUAUUUUCAACGCAAGCGUGAUGAAUUGAAAAAGAAAAAAACUGCCUUUGCUAAAUAUAUAUACUCUGAUAAUAUGGCAUCCCUUGAAGCUUCUUUUAGAAUUAGUUACAGAAUUGCUAAAGAAGGCGAGGCAUACACUAUUGCUGAAAAAUUAAUUAAACCCUGUGUUAAAGACAUAAUAACAUGUAAGCUUGGUGCAAAAUAUGUUAAGGAAAUUAACACCAUACCUCUUUCUGAUACUACAAUCGCAAGACGGAUUAAGACAAUGUCAUCAUUUUGUGAAGAUGAAUUAAUUUCUCGUUUAAAAUCUCCUCACCAAUUUACGAUGCAAUUGGAUGAAACAACAGAUGUUGCUGGAUUGGCGAUUUUGAUAGUUUUGGUCCGUUAUGUUUGGAAUUCUACCAUUGAAGAACAUAUGCUUUUUUGCAAACCUCUAACAGAGAGAGCUACUGGUGAAAAAAAUUUCCAACUAUUACAUAAAUAUAUGGAAGACCAUAGAUUAACUUGGGAUCUAUCUUCACAUGUUUGUACAGAUGGAGCAAAAGCAUUAUUGGGCUCAAACAAAGGGGUAGUCUCACGAAUAAAAGCAAUAGCUCCACACAUGCAACAUUGUCAUUGCUGCCUUCAUCUUUAUGCACUCGUGGCAAAACGAAUACCAAAACUAUUAAAAGAUGUUUUGGAUGAAGUUGUGAAAAUUAUUAAUUUCAUUAAAUCUAAGGAAUUAAACUCAAGAUUAUUUACCUUGCUAUGUGAGGAAUUAUCUAGUAAUCAUAAAACCUUGCUUCUACAUUCAGAGGUGCGUUGGUUAUCAUCGCGAGGGAAUAUCUUGAGCCGAUUUUUUAAAUUAAAAGAUGAAGUAAGGAUGUAUUUGAAUGAACGAAAAUCUGAGUAUGCCCAAAAAUUACAUGAUCAAAACCGGUUACAAUUGGCAGCCUACCUGGCAGACAUUUUUGCAAUACUGAAUGAAAUUAAUAUCAAGGACUCACGAACAUCUUGCCAGUUAAAAGCGACUUUAAAAGAAUAUUUUCCAGGCGAAAAAAAUGCUCAUCAUGACUGGAUGAAAGGCCCGUUUAAAAAUUAUAACAAAUCUGAUGAUUUAGCAAUUAAAGAAAAAGAACAGUUAAUAGAAAUUGCUACCGAUUCUACUUUGCUGUCAAAACGUGGAGAAGAUCUACUUAAUUUUUGGCUUAACAUUGCAACAGAAUAUCCAGAAAUUUCCAAAUGGCCUACAACAAUUUUAAUGCCAUUUUCCACUACGUAUUUGUGCGAAAUAUCGUUUUCGACGUAUGUACGUACAGAAAUCGAUUAA